GUCGAUCGGCAUCGGACCUUUCUCUUCGGAGGGAUCAUGUGGGCUAAAACGUUGCGCGUUCUCGUAUCGUAUCUCGUAUUGUAUCUCGCGACGCGGACCGCUCGCGCCGCUACGUUGAAAAACAAGAGCUUCGGCCUAGAUCUUUCCAAAUACGCUGCCAUUUAUUACGAUCCGGUCACCGGGGUCGGUCUCGCGCCGGAACUGGAAAAUUCUGGCAGAGAUCCUUCGUCGACCAAGGUCUCGUUCAGAGGUCUGCCCUGUCAUUGCGAAAACACGCGAUGCACCUGUUGCGCCGGUAUUAAUUUGACCUCGCUGAAUUUCAAUCGUCGAGCAUGCACGAAAUUCACCUACGAGCCCUCUGCGUUUGCCGUCAACAUGGCGUUCACCAUGAACGACAGAGAGGUCUACUUCAAUACCUUUUCCGCUAAAAAUCCGCCGCCGCUGUGCGCCCCGGUGCCUUAUCUACCUUUCGUGAACUUUUGCAUUCGUUUCUUCGAUCUGCACACGGAAGGAAGAAACCUACACGCUUGCAUCGAUUUGGAAACUCGAAUCGUAGGCUCACCGAUCUUGACCUUGCACUUCGAUUGCGUGAAAGUGGGUAUCGAUGGUAUCUCUUGGACGCAGAUCGGGAACGACACCAGCCAGUCGACGCUCGAAAUGCACACGAUAGUAGAUGAAUCCGAAGUCUACGACGAGGUGGAGUUCGAACAGCAAGAUCUGGAGGUCUACGCGAAUUAUACUUCGACGUUGAGUCCCGAAGAGGAAGCUCAGAUCGGGCAACUCAAAUUGCGAUCGACAGUAUCCGAAAUCUCGUCUCACCGUACGAGUCGAUCCAGCAUUCGAUCUUGCAGCGUCGAGCGUAACAUCGAGAUUGCCGAUGAACCGUUUAAUCUCGACUGUAUCUCGUAGAAAUCGGUUCGAACCGCAACCUCCUGGUGAAUAUACUUUCAAUUUCCCGGCGAAA